AUGUACGUGAAAGAUUUGGCUAAAAGGUAUUACUAUUACAAUGGACGCUAUAGAAGCAACUGGUACCGGUACCGGUGGUUUCUCUGGCUCAUUCUUAUCCCAAUUUUCUUCGUGAUUCUCAUGUUACUUUUCAGAAGAAGAAGAAGAGCAAAGACCACCACUAUUACUCCAAAUAACAAUUAUUAUAAGGAGCAGCAGAAUUACGGUUAUGGAGGAGCGCCUCCGGUGCCUCCACAGAACCCACAGGAGCCUAAUUACAAUUAUCAGCAAGGGUAUGGCCAGACCUAUAACCAAGAUUACAACCAGAAUUAUAAUUUGAAUAGUAAUCCUACCGGUGAAUAUGAGAGGCCAUCUGGACCUCCACCGACUGAUUACGAGAGACCACUGGAGCCUCCUAGGGGAUACACUAAGUCUUAA